CCCGUCCUCCCUCCGCCCCGCCAGAGGCGGUAGAGCCGAUCCUCGCGGGCGGCGGGAGGCUCCGAGGAGGCGCUGGUGGCGCCCCGGCCUCGGUGCGCGCCGGCUGCAACAUGGUUCGGCUCACUCCUCUCCUCCACAAGGCCUACCAUGGAGGCCACUUAACCAUCCGUCUUGCCCUGGGUGGUUGUACCAACCGGCCUUUCUACCGCAUUGUGGCUGCUCACAACAAGUAUCCCAGGGAUGGCCGUUUCGUGGAGCAGCUAGGCUCCUAUGAUCCACUGCCCAACACUCAUGGAGAGAAACUCGUUGCUCUCAACCUGGACCGGAUCCGGCAUUGGAUCGGCUGUGGGGCCCACCUCUCUAAACCUGUGGAAAAGCUACUGGGUCUUUCUGGUUUUUUCCCUCUGCAUCCCAUGAUGAUCACAAAUGCUGAAAGGCUGCGACGGAAACGGGCACGUGAAAUCCUCUUAGCAUCUCAGAAAACAGAUACAGAGGCUACAGAAACAGAAGCAAGCUGACUUCAGUGAGCAUAGCAGCAAGAACAAGGGCUCAGGGGAAGUACCUACCCAGCAGUCCCACCCUGUAGGCUGCAAAAUUGUUUGGGCCUUAAAGCACUAUGUACUCUUGUCAG